AUGAUGAGUAUCGUUCUUACAUCAAAUUUGCGGCAUGAAAUCAACGCGCCGUCGUCAGUAACACUACCGGAAGAACUCAUCGUGGAAGUUCUAUCCCGGCUCAACAUCAACGCGCCGUCGUCAGUAACACUACCGGAAGAACUCAUCGUGGAAGUUCUAUCCCGGCUUAACGUGAAAUCAGUGACGCGACUCAAAUGUGUGAGUAAGUGUUGGAACUCAAUCAUCUCCGAUUCCUUCUUCGCUAAAAUGCACGUUGAUAACUCUUCACGAAUUUCACACAUCAUGCUAUACUCGUCACAUGUUCUCAACACUUCCAUAUCUGUUUCAUUUAAUAUCUUCCCCAUAAGCGGUUUCCUUGAGAAUCCAUCGAUCAAUAUCUUGAAGGAAGAUUCUAAAUACCAAUUGACGAAAUUGUGUCAUCGCGAAGGCCUCAUUGGUUCCUGCAAUGGAUUGGUCUGUGUACUCAAUUCUAGUGAGAAUGGAUUCUAUGUAUGGAAUCCAGCAACCACACAGCCAUUCUCAGAAAACGUGGUCUCUUAUCCCCUUCCUUUACGGCAUGAAAAAAUCUAUUACAGAUUCUCAUUUGGUUAUGAUAAUUUAUCCAACAAGUAUAAGUUGGUGAUGUUCUCUUUAGAAGAGGUGAGGGUUUUCACUAUAGGGGAUAAUGUUUGGAAGAAUAUUCAGUGUUUUCCUGUCUAUCCCUAUAGUAGCAAGAUCUUUAUAGAUCGCAUUGGGGGUGAUGGUGUCUAUGUCAGUAAUAGUCUUAAUUGGUUUGCUCUUCUCGAUAACCACGGUUAUUAUAACAACCAAGAUCUUAAUGUUGAGCAACUCGCUAUUAUCUCACUUGAUUUGGGAACGGAGACAUAUACAAAGUUUCAAUUCCCCCGGGACAUUGAUGAAAUACCAUCUCUUCAUCCAACUGUUUGCAAGUUGAUGGACAGUCUAUGUUUUCAUCUUUAUACUAAGGAAGAUAGUUUGGUUAUAUGGCGGAUGGCGGAAUUUGGAGUUGAAAAAUCAUGGACUAAAUUGCUUAAAUUGGAUUAUCAUUCUCUACCUGAUUGCUACCGUAUUAUUCUCUAUUUGUUGCCAUUACACAUUUUCGAGAACGGGGAUUUGCUGGCAUAUGUAUCAGAUAUUGGAGAAGCUGGAGAACUAAUUCGAUAUAAUAUGCGAGAUAAGAGAGUAGUAGGAAAAUCUAUAUUUUGCAAAAACAUAUAUUUGUAUCAUGUCAUCCCUUAUGUUGAAAGUUUAGUUUCAACUUUUUAA